UCGCCAGUACGGCGACUGCAUGGCGAAAGGAGUUAUACGGUGCUUCUGUACAGGCAUGGUGCUGCCGGUGUCGCUGGCGGCAAUGGCUUGCGGUUGACGCGGGACAACGAUGUGGUGUGACGUUCAGAUUUCCGUCGCGGCAGCCCUCUGGUAGCCAUCACCUAAGGACGUAUGAUUUUCAUUAUGAGCCCUGUUAUGAUGGGGCUCCAAGCGACCGGCAGCAAGCGCAAGCGGGCGGAGCCAGGGGCCCGCCCGCAGCCCGCCAAGGUGGGGCGUCGCGAGGAGACGCUGUGUGAUGUGGUGGCGGGCUCGGCCCCCGGCCUGGACGACUGGCGGCUCGAGAGCACCAGCUCCGUGCUGGCCUCCGCGCUGCUGGGCGACCCCGCCGCGCGCCACGACGAGGAGGACGAGGAGGAGGAGGAGGAGGACGACGACGACGACGAGGACCUGGGCCCCGCGAGGAGCAGCUACCAGUGCGUCAGGUACGGCGUCGACUGCUACCCGGGCGCCUACGGCUCGGGCGAGGACCACGGCGCGUACGCCCAGUACCACCCCCCCUCCCCGCACCAGUACCUCCCCUCCAGGACUGCCUACUGGGGCCCCCAGGGCGCGAUGGACGGCGCGAGCGGCUCCGAGUACUACGACCGGGACGCCGGCUCCCAACAGACGAUACGUUGCGACGAGAACGGCAAGUCGUACCUGGACCUGGGCAGCUCGAGUGCGCGCUACGUGCCAGGAGGCGGUGCGGCGAGUGCGGCGAGUGCGGCGAGUGUGGCGAGUGUGGCGAGUGGGGGGGGCCCGGCCAAGUGCUGCGACGGCAGCAGGACGAACUGGUGCGACCGGGGCCCGGCCUCGGCGUGCUACCGCCAGCACCGGCUGGCGGUGCUGAACAUCUCCAUGUGCAAGCUGGGCAGGUACCGGCAGUUCCCCGACCCCAGCCUGCACCGCUCGGUGCUCAUCUGCAACACGCUCAGGUACAUCGAGCGCGAGAUGGAGCAGGAGGGGCUGUUCUUCAACGGCGGGGCGGGGGCGGGGGGCGGCGCCCAGGCCCCCGCGCCGGUGGAGCCCGCGCCCGCCUACCCCCCCACCUUCCCCGAAGUGCCUGCCGCCGAGACCCCGUACCGCGGCAUGGACGUUCCCCCCCCGUACGAGCAGAACCUGCGCGAGUUCUCGUCGGGACGCGCGACGCCCUUCCCGCACGGCGGCUACGAGACGGACUCGGGGCUGGGGGAGGACGAGUCGGGGCGCGGCAUCAACUGGGGGUCGGUGCUGAGCCUGUCGAGCCAGUCGGACCUGGACCCGCUCAACAACAACGAGCUGUACGCUUCGUCGCCGCCGGGCGACUCCCCGUGCCUGCUGCCCGACGUGGACCUGGGGCAGGAGCUGGACGACUUCCUGCCCGGCUGGAAGCUCGCGCCGCUCAGCGCGGAUGACGUGCUCCGGUCCGUGCCGGGCCGGCAGGACGGCGAGCUGGACGGCCUCAUGCGCGUCCUGGUGGGCACCUAGUCCGUCCGCUCCCUCCCCGAUACGCUCAGGUUGUGAACAUGGUCAUUGCCGUCUGCAGCGGCCUGUGGUCCUUUAUUUUUUUAAACGAACAAACGUCUUUUACGGAUUUACGUUACUUAAUUUUUGGCCGUGGAGGCAUGAGUUUUUUUAAAUAAAAAAAAAAUGAACGAAAAAAAAAUUUGUUUCCAUGGAAAUUUCAGAAGGUUGUUAAACUGAAGUAGUAAAAUAGAAAGGCAUUCUUUUGAAAAGAGCCCUGGAAUUGCUAUUUAGAUAUUAUAUACUUCAUAUUUCAUAUUUUAUAUACAUAUUGUGAGAUUAAGAUGUUUUUUUUAUGUUUCAAAUAGCUUUCUAUUCCACUAAUAAGAGCAUGGUAUGCAUUAUCUUGUAUUUUUAUUGGUGUGUGUGAUUUUUCUUGCAUCGAGAAUUUUGCAUGUUAUGAAAUGGAAUUAGGUGGUUAAUCACUUGACAGCUCCCUCAUCUUAUGGUGCUCACCGAAUAUUAUUCUUCAUGACGUUAGCCAAUUUUUGGUGCAUAAGAAACUUCAUCUGCACAAAGAUGUAGUAAAAAUUUCCAGUUAAAAAAAUGUAACGGAUUGUUGAAAAUUUAAAUGUGUUUGUCAACCAUUUUUUUUGGCAACACAAUUUUGCUAACUUACUGAUAACUAAUACUCUCAAAUGUUUGGCUUGAACACAAAUACUCUUAAAUUUUUUUUUACAAAGAAGUUCAAAAGCUAACUUUUAUUAUUUUUCUGUUUUUUAAAAGGCCUACAGUUAUAAAGUAGAGUUGCCAUGCCGAACAUUUCUAGGGUUUAUAACUUGCAAUGGCAGGAUAGAAUUUUAGACAUGAGGUAUUGUUCUAUUAGCUUAUUGAAAUAAGAAUGUCUUUCAGUUCAGAAAAAUUAUAAUACAUAACAGUUAAUCUUUACCAUGAUCUCAAAUUGUGUACCUAUUCAAAUUUUUCAGCACCCGUAGAUAUUGUUUAUAUUGAAAAUGGCUCUAAAUGAUUCUUAUUGACUGAUGGUUUUUGAAUAUUAAUGCUCUUGCCCUCUUAAAUUGCAGGAAUGAUUUCUUGUACUGCAACUCCUUGUUAUUGGCAGCUUGACUGGUGCUUGAAAGAAUGCAUGGGAGUUCAAUUGAGAUAUUACAAGUUGUGUAUCAAUACUGGAAUUACCUUCUUUUGAAUGAUUGAUUUCGAGUGAUGAUAAUUUUUUUUAGUUUUUUUUUAUUAUUAUUAUUUUUUUGGAAAUUUUUAUGUUUGGACCUGUGUGAAAAUUCACCUUGGACUUAAGCAAUGUUAACAUUAUGAGAGGAAAUCUCAUGAAAACUGUCAAUUUAUAUAUAUAUAUAUAUAUAUAUGAUUGUAAAUUUUUUAAUAAUUUUUUUUUGUUACUUAACGUGUAGCACAAGAAAAUUGUGUGUUACAAAAUUAGUGGUAAGAAUGAUAAGCUAUGUGUAAACUAUCAUGAAAAUGAACCAUAGUUUUAUUUUAUUUCCAGUGACAGAAGUGCAUGCUUGCGUAAGCUUGGUUCUCCGCACUAGCUAAUGUACAUAGGCUACUUAAGUUGUAAGUAUCAAAACUGUAAUUGUAAAUAUAAUGUAAGUGGUCAAAAGUAAAUAUCUUGAGUAAAUGUGUACGUAUAAAAUAUAUUUUGACAUGAGAAAAAGAAAAAAAGGCUUUCAAAUUUUGAUAGUAAAUAUUUUCAUUAUGAAGUAAAUAUUGAACUCUAGUCCCGAAUGUCUAAAUGUUGGGCAUUUUUUGUGCCAGUACCGGGAGCCAAGCUGAUGGUUCGAGUCGGAAACGCGAGGGACUUGUGUCUCGGUUCACGUGUAGGCGUAGCGAGUGUUCGUUUGAAGAGAGCAGCCUCGAACAUAGUCUCAUUUCCACACCAGCCUGCGCGUUGUUCCUGCUUGCGACGUCGCUCCGCGGCUCGGGCCAAUUUUGAAAAACUAACUCUCUCAAACAAAACUUUGGAACUCAAGUUUUGAUGUUAGUUUUGCUAAUUUUCCUCAAAAAAUUUUAAUAUUCAACCCUGAUAAAUUAUCCCCGGGUCAGUUUUAUAAAAGCUUAUGACCAAAUUCGGGUGGAAUUGCGUAAAUUAUACGUGGCAAUAGAAUAUUUGAAAUUUUUCCUAACUAUGAAAUUAUGAAUUGAAAUUGGUACUGACCAGCUACGGAGACUCAUUGCACCAGUCGUUGCUAGUAAAAUUUUUUUAUUUUUCUUCCCCAUAAAGCCAAUAUUUUUAACAGAACAUUUUACAAACAAGUAAAACAAAAAUGAAAAAUGCCGGUGCAGGGCCCUGCCUGGUUGUCAUGUCGGGCUUGUUCCUCACCUGUUGUUUCACGAGAAUAAUUCAGUAGAUGGUUUGUAACUUAGAAAAUCACAACAGAUGGUUUCCAAAAGGUUCAUGCAAUGAGUGGCUCCGACGUCUACCUCGCAGCUUUGUUACCUCAGGCUAGCUGGAGGAAGAGAGCGUACGUUUAUCGACUCAACAUUUUCUCAUCCGGAAUAAAAAAUUUUUUUGAGCAGUGAAAAAUAAAUUUUAUCAUAAUGAUUUUGAACCUCUAUUUUCAACUUAGAGCAAGGUUGCAACAAGGCAUAAUCCAUGCCAUCUCGAGUUUCUGGGCUUUGGCCACGUCGAGUGACAAUUUUUAGAGUUAAUAGUCAAAAUUAUUGAUCAGAAUAGUAAAAUUCAACCUAGGUGCAGACAGAGCUAGAUUGUUAAUAUGCCCAAAUGGCAUGCUUACACACUCACUGUAUUUUUUUUUCCACGCAUUAUUUCAAUAUUCUAAUGCUGCCUAUGAUGCUGAUAUCUUGGCACGAGUGUGUGAAGUGGAAAUGACGUUAUGGCCGACGCGUAGGCAAACCGCUGACUGGUGAGCAAUAUAUAUAAAUAUAUAUAUGAUUGUGCUGUGAUAUUGUUGUGUACAAUUCUGUUACACUGACUCCAUGGCUGCUGAUACUAGUUGGUACUUGAAAAAUAACUAUAGAAAUCUAUUAUAAAAAAAUAGUGCAGAAGAUGAGAAAAAAAAAUGUAUGACUGUACAAGUGAUGAAACUGCAAUAAACGUGAUGACAGGAGUUUACAAACUUGUUGUAAUAUCACCGUUUCGUGUGUAUGGACUCGAUAUGAAUUUGUCAUUGGUAUUUCUAAUAAUUUGCUGGGUUAGAGUUAAGAAACAAUAGGAAAAAAACAUAAAUGGCAAAAAAAAAGUACACCUCUGGACAGAAAUUUAUUUAAAACAAAAAAUAAAUAUAAUGGCUUUGUGUAAAAUUCUGUGUCAAAAAACUGCAUGUUUCUCCUUCAAGAUAGGCUUGUUUCUUGCCAAGGUUGAGACUGACAGAGCAACAAACAAAAACUAAAAACGACUACGUACUAAGUUUUUUAAUGCACAGCAUUUCCACAAUCUUCCUUAAGACUCCCUGUUUAUUCCAAGAACAUGGCAUAUAUUCCGUGGCACAUAGAUGGGAUUCUCUCUGGCCUGGCAAUUCCUACACUACAUAUAGCAUUACGGGACAGCAUUACAUUGUAAAAGUCGUUCCCUACCAUUCUUAUGGAUGGGCCCUUUCAAGAUUAUGAGUUAACAACCCCACAACUAUUACGAGCCAUCAAGGGUUACAUAAUGGGCAAGGAGGGGGGGGAUAAACCAAUUUUUUCCUAAGCAUGAUCUCCAGCUUGCCCCCACCCCCCAAUCAUGAAUCAUGUUGCAAACCAAGGAAGAUUAAGCCUAUAUAUUUUUUUUUAAUUCUAAAAAUUGGUUAAGUUUUGUUUGGUAUAUAAUUAGCAUUUCCAAGAUUUCAGGAUGCGAGACCAGUCUUCAUGCGACAGGUUUUUGCUAAAGACGUUGUAAAUUGUCGAGUACUAGCCUUUGAUGAACGGCUAUUCAGGGGAGACAACUUUGGCAACUUUGUGCUCGCACGUUUAAAAUUUAGAAAUGUGUUACAGAGAUAAGUAUUUGUUUGUUGCUCAACUUUAGAAGUUCUCUUUUAUGUUCCUGGAUUUUUAAAUUUAUUUAGCCAUAGCGUACAUCAACAUAAUUUUUUUUUUUUCGCUGUUGGAGAUGUUUUAAUGCUGCACCAAAAUUUCAUUGAUAUUUCAUCAACAUCACAAACACGAGUACAUACAAUUCAAUGGGAAAGAAUAUUUCAUUUUUUUUUUACAAAGUUAUAUAAAUUAAUCAAAUCUAUGAACUGUAUAUACUAUGUUAAGUGGAACAUUAAGAAUACGUUAAACAAACACGUGAAUUUUAUUUUUUAAUCUUUUAUUUCUGUAAUCAGAUAAUAUAUUAAAAUAUUGGUACUAAACAAUUAUUGACAAAAGAGUUUAAUAUCAUUAAUCUUCUUUGUAUACAUAAUUGGCUACAAGCUUUCACCACAGUGUAAGUCAAAGUGUGUGUUAAAUAAUACUUGAGCAUUAAGUUAUUAGUUCCAUAUACUUUAAAAUAAUUUGGUAUUUUAUAAGAUUGUUGAAUGCAAAGCUCUGAGAAUAAAAAAAUUUCAGCAGCAAUAAAUGUGAACUUAGAUUCAUGUGUUGGUAACAUUUUAUACACAUAAUCCCGUGGAAAGUUGUGAAUAUUUAAAUUCAUUAAUGAAAUUGAUGAGAAAGUCUUUCCCAAAAUAUACCUAGUGGGAAUUCUGGCCAACUCGCUUAGCUAUUUAAAAGAAAAUUAAUUAAUUCUGUAGCAGUUCACUAAAAUGAGGUGCAAAAUAUUUAUUUUAAGAAGUAAUAUCAAAAAUUAUUAUUACUUUUUUUAAACCUUUGCCGUGCAAUUAUUGUGUCAUUUUUAUACAGGUUUUAGACUGAAAAUGUCACUUCAGUAAGCAGACGCUUUACAUGCAACGAAACAAAAUGAUUUAAUGGUGUAAAUGUUUGAUUAUUUUCCUAAUUACAGGAGCAAGUUAAUGAAGUAAAUGAAUGAAGUGUCAUACUGAUAGAAAAUGUCAUAAUAUUUCAAUUUUUUUACCUUUGUAUUUUCACCUUUUAAUUAGAAAAUGAGGCAUUACGUUGUUGGAUAUAUUGCAGCUGUGAUACCAUUGCACUAAAACAUUUAAAACUUUAAUUUCUUCACAAACUAUUAUUUAGAAAUCUGUUCUAAGUAGCUGUAUAUGUAAUGUAUCUAGGCCUAGAAAAGUAUUUUUUUUUUGAAGACUUAAAAAAAAUUGCCAUACUAGGAUCUGCUAGCAACAUUAACUUGAGUGUUAAGUCUUUAUACGUUCAUUAAACUUCUACAGUUCAAAAAUAAAUAGUUAAUCACAAGAUAGUAAAAAUAUGAAAAAAAAAAUAUUUGCCACAAACAUUUCUGUAUUGUAUUGUUUGAUGUAUCUGUCUGAUAAUAUACGUGAGAUCUAAAUGUUCCAAAAUAAAAUCUCUGUAUACAGAAAUGUAGUGAACCCGAUACUGGCAAGUCAGACACAUUGCUUUAUGAAUUUGUACCACAAAGUCUUGUAAGAGUGCAUUAUAAUAGAAAUUUUAAAAAUGUUACAGAAAAUACUCAGAAUUUUAUAUAUUUUAAUACAGUGAACUGAAAUUACCAUUAACUGUAAUGUGACAUUUUUAAUUUACAUUUGGAGGUAAAAUGUGUUAACAAAUUUGAUGUGGUACAUCACAUUAAGUAGUGUGUGAUGCUUUGUCAAACUUUGAACGUAAACCGUAUUUGCAAGCUAAGAUGGCAAUGUUUACUGUAACGGACAUUGUUUAGUGUCAUUUUCAUCAAACCAAGUAGUGUUUCUAACAAGUUUGUUAAACUUAUUUUCCUUAAAUAAUAUUUUGUAAAGGUAAUUAAAAAAGCGAAGAUGCACUAACUGUUAAUUCGGUUUCACAGUGUUGAGUGUGAAAUACGAAAAUUAAUGAUGACAUUAAUGUACAAAAAAAAAUGUUUGUAUAUUUCUUAAGCCAAAGAUAUUUUAAUGUCACUGGGAGUGUGUGUGGAGGAAGAUAUUGUGCUUUAUAAUGGAGAGUUAGUUUAUAUUGUAUAUUGAUCUAGCAUUAGAUGUAUUUAUUCCAGCGCCAAGAAUAGGUACAUGUGACGUCCUUGUACAGCCCCACGGAGCAAUAAAUAGUGGUUUACAAAAUAA